GAGCUCUGGGCCGGUGUGGCGGGUGAGGCGGGCGCCGGAACUCGGGGCCUGGCUGCUGGUGCGGAGCGCCCCUGGGUCCCCCGGAACCGACUUGGUCCCUCCGCAGCCUCCCUCCGAGCCGGGCUGGCGUUCCGGCCCGAGGCAGGACCGGCGUCCGAGUUCCCUUCCCCCGGAAGGAGCCGGCCUGAGCCCUGGCCUCUUUCUUCUCUGUUUGGCUUUUGCCCUUCUGCUCCAGACGUGGUCCCCAGAAUAGGAGCGUUCUCAGAACAGGCCUCGUCUCUUAACCGAGCCGGUCCCCUGCCCUAGGCUGCCCCAGGCCUGGGCCCCACAACUGCGCCCACGACGGCCUCGCUUCCCUGCAGGGUGUGCCGACGUCCACGCCUGAGCGCGGACCCUUGCUCAGCCCCUCUUCCCUCCCAGGACUCCAUCCAGCCCUUCCUCGUGCCAGAACUUGUGUCUUGAGCACUUCUCCCGAUAGUCAACCCCCCACCCCUGCCCCGACCUCAGGCUGUUGGCUGCUCCCCAAGAAAGGUGCUUUCUCACAUGCUCCCCCUGAAUUCCGCAGGCCUUCUCUGAGGACGAGCCACUCCCGGCUCGCAGGAAGGGGCCGCAUGCAGGUGGUGCCUCGCUGCUCUCUCUCUUGCCCACACUCUGCCCCCUGCCCCCUCCUACCCUCUCCUAUGGCACAGGAGGAUGUCCACAGCGACGCCGCAAACGGUCUUCAUUGUUCUUGCCGUGUUAUGGUACCUUUUAGCUGGUUUUGCACUACACGUGUUCUUGAGGAUGGAUUUUGGCCUUUCAUCCCCUCUGCUCCUCAUGGGGCCAGGCAAUGCACAGUCACACUGUCACACAGCCAUUAGGAUGAAAACAGGUCCCAGAAGGACCAGCACCCCCGCUUUGCAGCCCAGGAGACUGACUCAGAGGGCUCAAAGGAUGAAUCUGGGGCUGGCUGCUGACAGGCCUAGUGUUUGUCUUUGGGAGUCUUGCUACAUCUGAAAACACUUCACUUGUGUUGAGCUGUGGUCUCAGAGGGCUGCUUUUGUACAUUCAACAUAAGGAGUUUGUGGCCUGCUCUUGAAGAGAGGGCUUGAGGGACUUGUUUCUGAAGAGGCUUGCAGGCUCCGCAGCCCCAGACUCCUAGAGGAAUCCCUGCCCACUGCAGCUCCUUUGCCCCUGCCUCAGCCGCUCUUGAAGGAACGAGGGUUUUAUGAAGGCGCUCAUGUCAGGUGGCCUGGUGAGCAAUUGUGGUGGGAAAGUUGAGUCUGGAUGUGGGACGUGGCCCUCGGGUCCCAGCGCUUGGUGAUAUCCCAGCUUCGUUCAGUAGCCUCACCCGUCACGUUUUCCUGGGAGAUCAGAUUGCACCCGACAGCCACUUUUAGUUUGGAGCUGUAGCGAGCGACUCCAAGGUCACUGUGGAAGCUGAGAAGAGCCAGUGAGCCCGGUAGCCCCUGAGCUGGCCUCUUCUUGCGUCACCGCCAGCAGCACUCUUCAUAGUCCCCCCGACCCCGCCAGUGGCUGCUUCAGCGCAGGUAAAGUGCCGAGGCCGUGCUUGAGAGGCCGAGGCACGUGCCCUGUAAUGUUUCUCUUUCUUCCCCCUUUUGCUUUCCAGCUGAUAAAGCACCAUGUGCGAGAGAGAGACCCCCAUGGCUCAGGCGGCGAGACCUCGAUUAGCUGGAAACCAGCUCCCAAGGGCCCUCUACUCUCCGGUCCAUGUUUGAGGGGAGUUGCUGCCACCAUCCCUGCAGAGAAGGCCGGAGGUCCAGCCGUGGGAACACCCAGGGUGGCUGACGCUGGUCCCCCUGCAGAGAGGGUUGGGAAGCUGCUGGAGCUGGAGAGAGGAGCCAAGAAGGGGCCCUGACUUGUGCUGGCCCUCGUCAGCGCCGGCAGGCGAGGGUGGGGGAGGAAGAGGCAGGAAGGCCACCAGCCCCUGCCCAGGCGCGACCCCUCGGCUGGGACGAGCCCCCUCCUCAUGGCCUCCAAGCCGGCUGCCGGGCGGAGCCCUGGGGAGAAGCGCAAGAGGGUGGUGCUGACCCUGAAGGAGAAGAUGGACAUCUGCCGGCGCCUGGAGAAGGGUGAGAGCAGGCGGGCGCUGAUGCAGGAGUACAACGUGGGCAUGUCCACCUUGUACGACAUCAGGGCCCACAAGGCCCAGCUGCUCCGCUUCUUCGCCAGCUCUGACUCGGACAAGGCGCUGGCGCAGCGCCGCACCCUGCACACGCCCAAGCUCGAGCACCUGGACCGCGUGCUGUACGAGUGGUUCCUGGUGAAGCGGUCCGAGGGCGUGCCCGUCUCGGGCCCCAUGCUCAUCGAAAAGGCCAAGGACUUCUACGAGCAGAUGCAGCUGACCGAGCCCUGCGUGUUUUCUGGCGGCUGGCUCUGGCGCUUUAAGGCCAGACACGGCAUCAAGAAGCUGGAUGCGUCCAGUGAGAAGCAGGCGGCUGACCAGCAGGCAGCAGAGCAGUUCUGCGGGUUCUUCCGGAGCUUAACCGCCGAGCACGGCCUGUCCCCGGAGCAGGUCUACAACGCCGACGAGACCGGCCUCUUCUGGCGCUGCUCCCCCAGCCCCAGCCCGGAGGGUGGGCCGGCGCCUGGCCCCACACAGAGCAAGGACCGGCUGACCGUCCUCAUGUGCGCCAAUGCCACGGGCUCCCACAGGAUCAAACCCUUGGUGGUCGGGAAAUGGGGCAGCCCCAAGGCUGUGCAGGGCCUCCAGCACCUGCCCGUUGUGUACAAGGCCCAAGGCAGCGCCUGGGUGGACAAGGAGAUUUUUGCUGACUGGUUCCAUCACAUCUUCGUGCCCGCAGUGAAGGAGCACUUCCGAGCUAUGGCCCUGCCAGAGGACAGCAAGGCCAUCCUCCUCCUGGACGGGUCCCGGGCGCACCCGCGCGAGGCUGAGUUGGCCUCGGAGAACGUGUUCACCAUCUUCCUGCCCGCCAGCGUCACCGCCCUGCUCCAGCCCAUGGACCAGGGCAUUCGGAGGGACUUCAUGAGGAACUUCGUCACGCCCCGCGGCAGGCUGCAGGCCUUGGCCCCCCGCUGCAGCGUGCACGACGCCGUGCUCGACGUGGCCUGCGCCUGGGACGCGGUGCCAGGCGCCGUCCUCAGCCGGGCCUGGAGGAAGCUGUGGCCUGAGGCUGCACUCACGGAGGGCUCAUCCUCCGAGGAGGAGCCUGAGCGGCUCAGGACUAAGCCCCCUGACCAGGCCUUCACGCAAACCCCCGGGCUCACAGCAGGCGCCCCGGCCCGCCUCGGGAGUGCGGCCUCGGGGAGCCUGGAGCCAGCAGAGGCUAGGGGGGUGGACAGGGUGGCCUGGGAGCAGGCGGCGGUGUCCUUCGAUGCCGUGGUGCGCUUCGCAGAGGCACAGCCCUGCUUCUCGGCGCAGGAGCUGGGCCAGCUGCGCGCACUGCGCUCCGUGUUCAGCAGGCAGUGGCAGGCGCAGCGGCGCAGGGCCCCCGCAGCCACGGUCAAGCUCGAGGCGCCCUGGGAGCGCCCUGGGCCUCGCGGCACCCAGCCUUGCUCCCCACUGCCCGGCUCGUCCACGGCCGGCGAGGCCUGAGGCAGUGAGGCCUGACCUGUGGUCUCAGGGUCACGUUUCUUGGAACAGCCUGCCCCGUCGAGGUUUUGCCGUGUGCUCUGUCCUGCCACCUGAGUGCGAGGAGGUCUUCCUGAAGGGCCCACCCAGACCCGAAAUGUCCCAGAACCUCCAGGGGCCACCACCCAGCUUGUAUUCGCUGCCUGAGCCUUGCAGUGUGCAAGGGUAGGGACGUCUGUCUGUCCAAGCAGGGAAGCCAACUGACUGCGGUCCCCACUGCUGCUUGAUGGGGCUGACACUUCCCGAGGGCCCCCUGCUCGCGCCCUGGGGCUGUCUGCAGGUCUGGGGGCCAGCCCUGGGUCAGGCAGGUCACCAAGGGUGGGACUUGAUUGUGAAUGAGAGUCCGGGUGGCCCCUGCCUGUGGCAUUGCAGGCCCUGUCCCCACGUCAGUCAGCUGUCCUGGCAGAGUGAGCCUCACUUCCAUGUUGCCCUGGGCCUCGGGCCCCAGGAUGCAAUGGUAGAGUUGUUAGAGCCAGCAGGAGUGGGCCACUGGGGAGCCCAUUGCCGUAGUGUGGGGCCCCAGGUCACUGCCAGUGUUUUGAGCAUCUUGGCUCCAAGUCCUGUAUGUGGUCCACAGUCCCUCAGUCCCUAGAACUUCCCAUUUACAGCCUCUGCAUUAGUAAACCUGGACCAGACGUUCAGAAGUUAGUCUUAGGUGAUGUGACAAGAACAGUAAAAGGAGCCGCUCAGAUGCCUAGCAGCGUCGGAACUCUCAUUUUGAGCUAUUGGCCCCAUAGUGAUUCAUGUGGGGAAAGCUGACUGUGGGGGCCGCUCUUGUAAAGACCCGUACCAGGAGACUCGCUGUGCUCCCUGCAUCGCUUCUGAUGCCUCCGUUCUGCAUCGCUCGUCACCAGACAGAGCGCCCCUGGCCAGCCUGGUCCCUUAUCACCAGACAGAGAGCCCCUGGUCACUCAUGACCGGAUGGAGCACCCCUGGGCAGCCUGGCCGCCCUCUUUGAAUGAACCGGAAGUGGGCAUCCUUUUCUGGGCUCUUCAGCAUUUGCCUUCUGUUCACCGCUUCUUGGGCAGCUGAUUGAGCACACAGUUUUCAUUCCUGUUAUUUAUCGCACUGAGACACCCUUGUUCCUGCAAGAGCCGAGGGGAGGCGAGGGUUUGGUUUGUGGUUGUUUCUCUGGUCCUUGCAUCCUUCCAAACACUGAGGUGACAGUCACGGCUGGCCUGCCACCGCUCUGUGAGCCGUGUUUCCUGCUGAAAGCGCGUGUGUGAAGAUUGUGAAACAAGCAGAGGUCAUUUUCAAAGUGGCAUUGCCGAUUCUUUGGGCCAGACCGCCUCCUGCCGAGCCGUCACGUCGGUCUCCCGCACGUGUGGGGGCAACAGCUGUGCGGCGUGCACUCGCACCCCUUCUGGACUCGGGUGUCCCCUGUGCUGUGGGCGUGUAGCAGGGUCAGAUGUCAGGGCGGCAGCCUGGACGUGAGGGAUGGACACACGGAGACCCUCCCUCCCCACGGCCAGCCCCAGUCCAGCGGCCUGGAGCCGCAGGACGGUUCUGGGGGUGGGCCAGCUUCCUAGGCCCCUGUGGGUGCUUGGUCCCCACCAGACGUAGCCCCCGGGCCGGAUUCUCAUCCUGCCCACACAGCCUGCUCCCGUCCCCACUGUGUCAUGGCCGGUCAGUAAGCAGCCGUCACCACUGGCCAAGGGAGCUUGUCCUUGGUGCUCCUUCUCGAACCACUGCUCCCCUGUUGCACUGGGCCUCGGGGGUCUGGUUAGACCUUCAGUGUGGGAGGCCCUGGAGGCUGUGCAGAUGGAGAAGGCUGAUCUGGCCUGCAGGGUCGAGGUGAACCGCCCACCUCACCUGCAUUUCCUGCUGGCGGUGGGAAGCAGGAGGCCCUGCCCUGCGCACCCACAGCUCUGAUGGCCGGGGUGAUGGGGGCAGGGGGGUUGAUGGGUGGGUGGGUGCAGGACAGAAAGGCAGCUGGUUGCAGCUCCUGCUUGGACCUGUCAGCCAGGCUUCCCUGGGGUGGAGCCAGAGCCCCUUGGAGGCAGCUCGAGGCCAUAGUAGCCAGAUAUUUCUGGAAGGAGGGGGGUUGGAGGAAGGGACUCGCGCUGCUUCUGUUCCUGGGAGGCCAUGGCACAGGGCAAGCAGGACCCACCCCCGAGGGCCUGCCCAGCAGCUGCACAGACACCAGCUGCAGUGGGUUUCCUUGGUGCAUAAGUGUGCUUCCAGCACAGGGCGUAGCGUUCCUGAGUACCUGCUGUGUGCUGGGCAUCGAGCUCAUCUGGAGGCCCAAGGGUGGUCAGACAGCCCCUGACCUGCUUCCAUGGAGCACAGGUCUCCCAAGAAGGGCUUCUGGGGGGCCGCGCUGUCCAUGAGUCACAUUCUCCACUGCUGUCUCCACAAAGACGCAGGCAGACUGCUGAGGUGCCCGGGGUGAGCCGUGUGGCGGUUCCACGCUGGGGGGCUGGCCCCGGAGGCCUGGACCGCUGCCCCCUCCUCGCAGCACUCAGCCGUCACUCACCGCCAGCAGCGAGCGUGCUCAGAGGUCUUCGCCGGGGAGAAGCGGGCUGGUCCUGCAGGAGCGCCGCUACUGCUGCUGGAGCUGACCGUGUUUCCUGCAGAGCGCGGCAGGGCCCACCCCAGCGUGCUCGCAAGAGACGGACGUCAUGGAGAGAGACUGGACCGCAGGCCCCCUGGGGUCAGGGGAAUCCCCAGCACUGACCUCAGUAUCUGCUUCAGAGGGGCCAGGUGCAAUGGGAUUGGUCUGAGAAGCAGCUUCUGCCCAGGGCAUUGUUGAAAACAGCAGUUGGCCAGCUGUGAGUGGAGUUUAACUGCUGGGUGCAGGCAGGGACCACACAGCCAGAGCUUUGCCAAAAUCACUGCCAUGGAGUGGGGUGGGUGGGACCAUGGGCCUUCCUGAGGCCGUGCCCCUGGGAAGGAGCAUCAGAGCCUCUGUCAGGGACGGGAAGCCCCUAAGAAGAGCCAGCCAGCAAGACACAAAGCAGAGAAGGCAAGUCCCAGUCUGGGGUGACCAGUACCCAGAGCUGGUAUGACACAUUACCUAAAAGGACCAGUUUCCAAUCUAACGUUACGAACAUACAGAGAAGCAGGGAAACACGGCCACAUACCAUGCUCCUAAAACGCAGGUGACGGAGAGGGGGGCUUUAACAGCGAAAGACUUCAAAUUGAUCAUUACAGAUGCAGUCAGAGAACUAGAGGAAACCACGAUUGAAGAAGGAAAUGGGGGAAAGGAAAAUAGUAAGUAGAGAAAAUCAGUAAAAAGAUGAUAAAUAAAAAGCUGUUUUUAAAAACGUGGAAA